AUGCAUCGAGACAUUGAUCUUCAUACGGACGGAUUUGUUGACUCGUUGAGAAGAGGCGAGGAAUGUGACGAGAUCGAUUAUUGUGCAAAUGAGCCGUGUGUGGAUGGGAUUUGUGUCAAUUUGAAUUCUGGAUUCAAAUGCAAAUGUCCGAAUGGUUUAGAGGGGAGUCGUUGUGAGAACGAUAUUGAUGAGUGCUUGAAAUCGCCAUGUAUGCAUGGGCGUUGCAUUAAUGAGUUCGGUGAUUAUCGAUGUGAAUGUCCAUUUGGAUAUACGGGGAAAAGAUGUGAAAGGGCACUAGAUCCUUGUGAUGGUUCACCGUGCAAAAAUGAUGCCAGAUGUUUUUCAUAUCGCGAUGGGCAUUUUACUUGUGAGUGUCGAGCGGGAUUCACAGGUAGACGUUGUGAAGUGAACAUAGACGAUUGUAGUGAGAAUGCGUGUAUGAACGGUGCAACGUGUAUUGAUGGCGAUCAUGGAUAUACAUGUCAAUGCCGUCAAGGCUUCACGGGUAAAUUAUGCGAGAGAGAUGUGGAUGAAUGCGAAAGAGGAGGGAAUGUGUGUUUGAAUGGUGGUACUUGCGUGAAUCGUAAAGGAGGAUAUCACUGCAUUUGUGUAAAUGGCUGGGAAGGGGAUGACUGCUCGAUUAAUAAAGACGAUUGCGUUGAUGCACUUUGUGAGGCUGGCAGCACUUGCAUCGAUCAUGUCGCUAAAUAUACCUGCGAAUGCCCACCAGGGAGAAUUGGCUUACUUUGUCAUAUGGAGGAUCCAUGUCUGUCAAACCCUUGCAAAGCAGGUUCACAAUGCGAAGCAGACACGUCAAGUGGCAAGUAUACGUGCAGUUGUCCGAAAGGAUUUACUGGCGACGAUUGUUCUGAGGAUGUCAACGAAUGUGAACAGAGUGCAAAUGUUUGCUGGAAUGGCGGCACAUGUGUGAAUACACCAGGCUCGUGGCAUUGCGAAUGCCCACCGGGAUUUACUGAUCCAUGGUGUAUGAGCCAUGUCAACCAGUGCUCUCCAAAUCCGUGUCUCAAUCAGGGUACAUGUCUCGAUUUUGGAACUGCCUUCAAAUGUGUUUGCAUGUCAGGAUUUCAUGGUAAGUAUUGCGAGAAGAAAUGUGAGGUGGGAUUCGAAGGCGAGAACUGCGAACGAAGACAACAAAUGGAGUGCAGUGCGAGUGAUUGUCUGAAUGGUGGAGUGUGCUCGAAGGGGUCGUGCCGAUGCCCGAAAGGCUUCAGUGGUGAUCACUGUGAACGACACGCAGAUCCGUGCCAGUAUCAUUCGUGCGCAUCGAACGCCGACUGCGUUCCAUCGUCGAAUGGAAUUGAUUAUCGCUGUGAAUGCAAACUCGGAUAUUAUGGACAUGACUGUCGUUUAGAGGAUAUUGAUGAAUGCGCGUUGAUUAACCCGUGUCGAAAUGGUGCACGUUGUAUGAAUACAGUCGGUUCGUAUCAGUGCGAGUGUGUUGAUGGCUUUGCAGGUCGUAAUUGUGAGAACAAUAUCGAUGAUUGUCUACCAAAUAUUUUUGACAAUGAGGAGGCGCUCAAAGUGAAUUUUCAAUUCGAGUUUUUGAAGAAGGCUAUUCCGAGAUUGCUCGUAUGUAAGUAG